AUGAAUGACCAAACGUCUAGCAGAAACUACGAGAGCCCAAAAUUACCGCUACUGCCAGGUGCCAACAACAUUGACGCAAGACGAGUCCGGAAUAAUAGCGGCAGAUCUGACAGUAGACUAUUGCGUGAACCAAGGCACCACAACGAUGACAGUCGGUUUAUGCAUAGUCGACGAUUCUAUCGAGGAGAUCAAAUGGUUCAGAGAGGAUAUGAAAUGCUCAACAGACAGGAAGCAGACCACCAUGAUUCCAGAUCAAACGCGCUAAUGACAACCCGACAUACAGACGCCUUCAUUGCUGUUUUGGGAGCCAAGCUGCAUUCAAACAACCCCGACAUUGACGACCUUAGUGACCCAAACAGACCCACAAAACUGGCGGAGAGGUUUUCUGAACUCCAUGACAAUGAGUGGACCAACGCCUUCGAGAUUCUCAGAAAAAUACCUGGCAGUAACGUGGAGGAGACCGAUCCCCCAGUAUUCAUGGACACGCGCACUGACAGCAAUGGCAAUCACUUCGAUGCAACCACAGCGUAUUUAAACUGGUAUACGUGGAAAACCAAUGUAUCAUUAUACUUCCUUGUUCGCAAAGACAGACUUGAGGCAGAGCAAGCAAAACGAAGAAAAUACGAACGUGAGCUUUUGCAACUGAAUGGCCAUUGUCAAGACAUUAAAUUUCGGGCGAAUCAGACUGUGCAAAGACAACAACAGACAAUUUCAGAACUUCAACGAGAAAUAGACGAUCUCCGGACGCGGGCAAAUCAGACGGUACAAAGACAACAACAGACAAUAUCAGAACUUCAACGAGAAAUAGACGAUCUCAGGACGCGUUUAAGUGCAACGUUUGGGGCCAAGCUGAUGGACAACAAUCCUAAUAUCGCUGACCUAAGUGAUAUGAACAGACCCACAAAGCUUGCGGAGAGAUUUUCUGAAUUGUAUGACAAUGAGUGGACCGAUUGCUUCGAGGUUCUCGGCAAACGACCAGGUUCCACAGAGAAGGACACAAUUCAAAUUCUGCUAAACGUUUGUCUGACAUUAUACGAGCAGUGCAGCGCAACAGCCGAAACUGAACUGACACAACUGACAAGGGCAAUUGACCUGUUCAAUUUUAACGAUCACGUUCCGGUGAUUAAAGAUUUGAAAAACAGUAGAAAGAAAAACUAUCAAAGAGGCAUCAUGCGAAUCAAACAGACGAUGGGACCAAGAAUGGAAGAACUUUUUAAAACGGAGGUAGAUGAUUUUAAUGUUAAAGAAUACUGGCACAAAUGCUUGGAAAUAUGUUGGCUCAUGGCAAUACAAGAUCCACCGGUGUCAAUGGAAACAAAUGCCGAAAGACAUGGUGAAGUCUUUGAUUACGGAAGGUAUCGUCAUUAUACCAAACCUGGAAAAUACAUCGACUUUAUUGUGUGGCCUGCGCUGAAUGUGACCACGGAAGGUUCAAUUCUUUACAAAGGCGUGGCCCAGGGUAAAGAUACGCCUAUCAAAAUGAAUACUCAAACGUCUAGCAAAAACUCUGAGAGCCGAAAAUUGCCGCAACUGUCAGGUGUCAACAAUGAUAUUGACUCAUUGACAAGACGAGUCCGGAAUAAUAGCGGCAGGUCUGACGAUAAACUAUUAUUACGUGAACACCGGAACCAAAAUGUGGAAAGUCGGUUUAUAAUGCGCAGUCGUCCAUUCAAUCAUGGCAAUCAAAUGGUUGAGGAAAGACAUGAAAUGCUCAACAAACAGGAAGCAGACUACAAUGAAUCUAGAUCAAAAGCGCUUGUGACAAACCGACGUACAGACGCCUUCAUGCUAAGCGAGAGAGGCCGGUUAUGGAAUGCAACGAUGAAAACCUCUGAAUACAGCCAAGAAAUGAUGGAACGAACAAAUAGGACUGAGAGAGAACUUCAACAACGAAUUAUAGAACUUCAAAAAGAAUGUGACGACCUAAGGACAAGAUUAAGUGCUGCUUUUGGAGCCAAGCUGCAUUUCAACAAUCCUAACAUUGUCGACCUCAGCGACACAAACCGACCCACGAAACUGGCGGAGAGAUUUUCUGAGCUGUAUGACAAUGAGUGGACUAACGCCUUCGAGGUUCUCAGAAAACAACUUGGUAGUACCGAGCAGGAGACCGUUCAACGGUUGCUUCAAGUUUGCGUGACUAUAUACAGGCAGUGCAGGAAUACGUCAGCAAAAGACUUGCAGGACCUUACCCGAGCAAUACAAAUAUUCAGCCCUGAACAAACCGUUUAUACGGUGAAACGGCUGAUAGAAUGCAGAAAACAGCGAUAUCUGGCUGAUACGAAGAGCAUCGGAAAGACAUUGGAAACAAUUAUUUCAACAGUUUUCCAAAUAAGCAUUAACGAGCCUUAUGUCAAAUCCUACUGGACACAAUGUUUGGAGAUAUGCUGGUUGAUGGUCAUACAGGAUCCCCCAGUAGUCAUGGACACGCGCACCGACCGAAAAGGCGAUCUGUUCGAUGCAUCAAUGUUUCGGCCUUACACCAAAAGUGGGAAAUAUAUUGAAUAUAUUGUUUGGCCAACGGUCUAUUUAACUGCAAAGGGUCCUAUUCUUUACAAAGGCGUAGCACAAGGGACAAAUGUGCGGUAAAUUGCACUAUUUAUUGAAUUGGUAACACGUGUGUGACUACAAAGCAUCACGCGCGAAACCCGAAAAGUAGAAAGACAUGAACAAGAUUCAGAAACUUCUAAUAUUAAAACAUUAAUUGAAAAGAAUAUUCGGCUUGAAGACUUGUGUUUGGCACCCAUUAGACGGAUAUUUGUAAUAUUGUGUAAAACUCUAAAUGGAGUUUGUUGUGUUUUGUCAUAAAAUAGUAUUUGCAUCUCACUCUUAGCCCCAAAUUAAUCACAAAAUACGCACUUGUAAAUAGAUUAUUAGCUUCACGGCAUUUGUAAGCAAAUU